AUGUCUCGAUUCGCAGGAAGGUCAUUGGAUAAAUUCUGGUUCGCAUUUUGUGUGCCAAUCUCGCUCUUGUUAGAUCUCCAAACACUCUACCCAGUCCAUUGGUUAGCCGGCACACCUUUAUCAGACUUGUUCAAUUACUCAAUAACCUUGGCUCGUGAUCCGAUCUUAGGAGGAGCCUUAUCCGGCUCUAAAGAAUUCGAUUGGUUAAGAUAUUUCUUUUGGCUAGAAGGAUUAUUUCAAUUACCUUGUUUCGUCAUUGGAGCCAUUGGAUUAUGGAAUAAUGACAAGAGGGUUUAUCCUAUACUUUUAGCAUAUGGAGCAUCAACAGCAACCACCCUCUUGCCUUGUCUAGGAGCGAUAUUGACAGCUACUCCUAAACCGCCAUUCACAAAUAUCGAAUUAAUCACUCUGUUAAGUGAAUACAUCCCAUUCUUACUUAUCCCAUUAGGAAUGGCAAUCGACAUGGCGAUCAAAUUGGUCAAAAUCGUUAAUGUCGCUCAGGAAAGGAAGACGGUUUAG